AUGUCGCCAACAGCGGAGGCGUCGGCCGCGGCUAACCAAGCUGAGCAACUUCGAAAAGACGGAAACAGUUAUUUCAAAAAAGAUCGUUUUGGUGCCGCCAUCGAUGCUUAUACCGAGGCUAUUACGUUGUGCCCUAAUGUCCCGAUUUAUUGGACCAACCGGGCUUUGUGCCACCGCAGGCGGAAUGAUUGGACCAGAGUGGAGGAGGACUGUAGGAGAGCAAUUCAGCUCGAUAACAAUUCUGUCAAGGCUCACUAUAUGCUUGGUCUUGCACUGCUACAAAAGGAAGAAUACACUGAAGGAGUCAAGCAAUUGGAAAAAGCCUUGGAUCUUGGAAGGGGUGCAAACCCUAAGGGUUACAUGGUAGAGGAGAUAUGGCAAGAGCUUGCAAGAGCAAGAUAUUUGUUGUGGGAACAGGAAUCUACCAAACGUUCAUGGGAUCUUCAAAAUUUGAAAGAAACAUGCGUGGCAGCUCUGAUGGAGAAACAUUUCCUUGACUCUUCACCAAUGGAAGGAUUUACGGAUGAAAAUUCUAUAUCCAAUUUAGAACAAUUGGAAGCUUUAAAUGGAGUCUUUAACAGAGUCGCUGAAGAUGAUAUCCCAACUGAGGUUCCGGACUAUCUGUGCUGUAAUAUUACUCUAGACAUUUUCCGUGAUCCUGUCAUUACUCCAAGCGGAGUUACAUAUGAGAGAGCUGUAAUUCUUGAUCAUCUGCAGAAGGUUGGCAACUUUGAUCCAGUUAGCCGUGAACCGUUGGAUCAAUCACAGUUGGUGCCCAAUUUAGCCAUAAAAGAAGCUGUGCGGGCAUUUCUGGAGACACAUGGGUGGGCUUACAGGACGGAUUGA